AUGAGGGUGGUGGUGACGGGCGCGACCGGGUACCUGGGCGGCCGCCUGUCCGCGGCGCUGAGCGGCGCGGGCCACGCCGUCCGCGCGCUCGUCCGCCGCUCCAGCAACGUCUCUGGCCUUCCCCGCGACGUCGAGCUGGCCUACGGCGACGUCACCGACGCCGAGUCCCUCGCCGCGGCCUUCGACGGCUGCGACGUCGUGUUCCACGUCGCCGCGGCCGUCGAGCCGUGGUUGCCCGACCCCUCCGUUUUCCUCAAGGUUAAUGUAGGUGGACUUGAGAAUGUGUUGAAGGCUGCCAAGAGAACACCAACUGUGAAGAAGAUAAUCUACACAUCAUCUUUCUUUGCAAUUGGUCCUACUGAUGGUUAUGUUGCAGAUGAGGCACAGAUGCAUCCAGAGAAGGAAUUUUGUACUGAAUAUGAGAAAUCAAAGGUUCUUGCAGAUAGAAUCGCACUGCAGGCAGCAGCAGAUAAGGUGCCGAUCACCAUUGUCUACCCAGGCGUUCUCUAUGGCCCUGGAAAACUUACGACUGGAAAUCUUGUCUCUCGCAUUUUAAUAGAGAGGUUUAAUGGGCGCUUACCUGGUUACAUAGGAGAUGGGUAUGAUAGAGAAUCGUUCUGCCAUGUUGAUGAUGUUGUUAGUGGGCACAUAGCAGCUAUGGAGAUGGGCAGAGUGGGCCAACGGUAUCUGCUCACUGGUGAAAAUAUGUCAUUCGUGCAAAUUUUUAAUAUGGUUGCUAAUAUCACAAACACAAAGGCUCCCAUGUUCCACGUACCUCUCUGGUUGAUUGAAGCAUAUGGGUGGAUUUCAGUUUUUGUUUCUCACAUCACUGGAAAACUCCCACUUAUCAGUUACCCUACUGUGCGUGUUUUGAGACAUCAAUGGGCAUACUCAUAUGACAAAGCAAAGACGGAGCUGGGCUAUAGCCCAAGAAACUUGACUGAAGGUUUAUCAGAGAUGCUCCUGUGGCUUAAGGAAGAAAAACUAAUAAAGUUUUAG